UCCCGUCCAGCCAUUUUAGGCGUUUGUGUGUUCUCUGGAGAGACCCGCAGGUUGUGCCCCUAGUGUUUGCGUCUCAUCCCCUGAUUACAGGAGCCGCUGGACAACACGAGGACCCCCCCAGUGACCGAAAAUGGAGUCAGUGACCUUUGAGGAUGUGGCUGUGAACUUCUCCCUGGAGGAGUGGGCUAUGCUGAAUCCAUCCCAGAAGAACCUCUACAAAGAUGUGAUGCAGGAAACCUUGAGGAACCUGGCUUCUCUAGGAAGCAGUUUGGGGCACCAUUUCAUUGAAAACAUAUACCGAAAUUCCUGGAGCAAACUAAGUGGCCAAGUGGUGGAGGGACUCUAUGACUAUAAAGAUGAUCAUCAGUGUGCAGAAAUGUUUGACUUCACCACCCAGAGCAUUCUCCACCAGAACCCCUUUCCAGGAGUGCAUAUAUGUGAAAACAGCGGGUGUGCGAGAGUAGUCAUUGGCCAUUUAUCUCUAAGUGUGCUCCUUAAGCCGGACACAGAGCGUGAAUCCUAUGAAGAGCAGGACUAUGGAAAGGAUUUGUACAACACGAUGGAGUUUGGAGCCACCACCAGUUCCCUCCCACCCUUCGAGAACCAUGAAACUACUUACACCCUCGAGAGACUGUUUAAAAGUGAGAACUGUGAUGAAGACUAUAGAUACGGUCAAAAUGUUCAAAAGACUUUAGCUGAAGAAAAGCCCUUCCAGUGUAAGCAAUGUGGGAAAGGUUUCAGUUCUUCAAGGUACUUUCGGAGGCAUGAGCGACGCCAUCGUGCGAAGAAAUCCUAUAUAUGUAAGCAGUGUGGGAAAGCUUUUGCUUUUCCCACCUACCUACAAACACAUGAAAGAAUUCACACUGGGGAGAAGCCCUACGUGUGCCUGCAGUGUGGGAAAACUUUUGCCCACUCUCGUUCCCUUAAAACACAUAAAAGAACUCACUCUGUUAGGGACCUCUUUGUGUGCAAUUACUGUGGGAAAACCUUACGUCAUUAUAGUUCUCUGCAGAUUCAUACAAGAAUUCACACUGGAGAGAAACCUUAUGUAUGUAAACCAUGUGGCAAAGCCUUCAUUACUUAUCGUUCUUUUCGAAUACAUGAACGAAUCCACACUGGAGAAACGCCUUAUGAAUGUAAGCAGUGUGGAAACACCUUCAUGCGUUGGAUUCAGUUACGAAAACAUGAAAUAAUUCACAGUGGGGUGAAGCCCUAUGCUUGCAAGCUGUGUGGGAAAAGCUUUACGUGUUCUGGUUCCCUAAGAACACAUGAAAGAAUUCACACUGGGGAGAGGCCUUAUGUAUGUGACCAGUGUGGCUAUAGCUUUACUCGGCUGAAUUCACUUUUAAGACACAAAAUAACCCACACUGGUGAGAAGCCCUAUGUGUGUAAUCAUUGUGGGAAAACUUUUCCUCGUUCUGCUUCUCUUCAGAGACAUGUGAAAAUUCACACGGAGGAGAAACCCUUUGUAUGCAAGCAGUGUGGGGUUGCCUUCGCUACUUCCGCUGACCUUCUAGAACAUGAGCAAACUCACGUGGAUGAAAAGCCUUACGUGUGUGAGCAGUGUGGGAAUGCCUUCGUGCUCUGGAGUCAGUUUCAAAAGCAUAAAGCACUUCACAGCGUCCCAGUUUCUUAUAUUUGUAAGCAGUGUGGGAAAAGCUUUACUUCCUCCAGGUCACUGAAAACACAUGAAAGGAUUCACACUGGUGAGAAGCCCUACGAGUGUAAGCAGUGCGGGAAAACCUUUCUUUGGUCUUACUCCCUUCAGAGACAUGAAAAGACUCAUAGCGACGGGAAACCCCACGUGUGCAAACAGUGUGGGCAAGCUUUCACGUACUAUAGUCAUCUUCAGGUGCAUGAAAAAAUACACAUUGAUGAUGACCCUUAUAAUUGUAAGUACUGUGGGAAACCCUUCUUCACUUUGAACCAUUUACAUAGGCAUGAAUUACUCCACACUACCAUGGAUUCCAAUAUUUUUUAAUAAUAAAUGAGCAAAAAAGAAAAGUUGGCUUGGUAGCUUUCCAAGAAAUAAACAAAGUCACACUGGGAGUAAAAGCUGGAUUUGUGCUAGCAGUGUGGAAAAACCUUUGGCUUUGUUUCAUUGAAACAAACAUGAAGUGCCACAAUGGAGAGAAACUUUUAAAAAACUCGGUAUGCAAACACUUAAAGUUCCCUGAAGUCCAUGAAAGGAAAACAGGCUUGUGACUGCAAGUGAUGUGGUGAAGCCUUCUGCAGUCCCUGAUCAUGGAGGAGACAUGAGAGAGCUCUAGAGAAACUUUUUACUUGUAUAUGUGGUGUUGUAAAAAAGCCCUUCACUUCCCCGUUCCCCUUGACUACAUGGAAGGAGUCACGACGGAGAGAAACCCUUCAUAUAUGUAGGAAAUCUUUGAUAAUCUUCAGUUAUCAUCACAUUCUCUCACAGACAUGAAAGACCCUACGGUAGAGAAACCUUCAAAAUAGGAUUUGCGAACUCCUCAUUAUCAUCCCAAUAGCACUCACAAGAAUGUACAUGGGGAGAAUUCCUAUCAAAGGAAAACCAGUAUGAACACCACUUGGUUCAACUAAGAGAUAAGGAAAGAACCUGAUACGAAGUGUUGAUUUGCUUGAAAGAGAUGUUCAAGGUUUCAUUUGGCACACAUGGAAACAAAACACACCAGAUGAAAACCUUUGCUGUUGAAAACAUUAAAAGUCUAGAACAGUAGUGAAUAUAGGAAAAGUCCUUUGAAAUCUUUUCAUAUUUAAUCUGAUAAAUGUCAGUAUUAUGAAGGACUGGACAUAAUAGUUUUUUGGGGUUUUUUUUUUUGUUUGUUUGUUUUGUUUUUUUUUUUCUUGUAGCAUGCUCCAGGAAAUGCAUACACUGAAAAGAAUGUUGUCAGUACAGUAUUUUGUAUUUAUUGGAAAAUUUCAGGGGCUGAUAGGGAUGGCUUAGCCUUUAAGAGCAUUUGCUGCUUUUCCAAAGGACCUACAUUUGGUUUUCAGCACCCGAUCACAGGACUCAUAGCUGCAUGUGACUCCAGUUCCUGGAGAUCCAAUUCUUCUCACAUACAUGUGACAUAGGUUCACAUGUACACAUAAAAAUACAAUUUAAAUUUUCCUCAAGCCCCUCUUCCCGCCCAAGAAAAGCUUUUGCUGUGUAUCCCAAGUUUACCUGGAACUGGUAAUCUUCCAGCUCCUAACUCUUGACCGCUUAAUGAAAGGUGUCUGCUUCCACAUUUGCAAUCAUUAACUCCUGUUUCACAGUUCAUCUCUUGACGCAUUUCUAAAUCUUACUCUCUAAAGCAAGCCUUAGGCAGAGCAUUGUGUAAUGUGUAAUGGCACAUGAACUGGAGACCAGAAAGACCUACAUAUGAAAAAAAAUAGAAAGUGCAUUUUAUUAAAUUAUUUUGUGAGGUUUCUUAAAGCAAUCAUGUAUUAGUUGAAUGUGUGAUGUCUUUUUGUAUCAAAUAAGGUAGGUGCUUCCUUCAUUGUACAUUAUAUUGGAUUUAUUGAUGAAUUGAUAUAUGAAAUAUGCCAGUCCAUAAAUAUCUUUAAAAAGCAUUUUAGUAUCUAUGUAUGUGUGUAACAAGAAAAAGAGAGUAGGUAUGUGUUUGUAGAGGCCAGAAGAUGAUGUUAUAUCCUUUGGAGCCAUCUGACAGAUAUUACAGAUAUCUGACAUGAUUGAUGUGUGUGAUAGGAACUAAAUCCUAAUCUUCAUGAUAGAGCAGUAAGUACUCUUAACUGCUGAGCCUUCCUUCAAGCGCCUGCGUAAAUCAUGUUUAAUGGGUGGUUAAAAUAUGACUUUGUGAAUACCGGAAUAGUCCUAUUGGUUUUAUUUGCCUGAUUUUGUCUAUACUCUCAUUUUUCAUGAAAAAAAAAAACACUUGGGAGCAUUGCUUAUGUGUUGAUGUUAUGGUUUAUGUGUCGGUGGUGUUCACAAAGGAAUAUUUUGGGUGUCUUACUCUAUUGCUAUGUUGUUCCCCCCAAGACAGGUCUCAUUGAUCCUGGAACUAGACAGACAGCCAAGAAAACCCAGCAUUUCUUGUCUCUUCACUCCCCAUAGUUCUGGGUGUACAGACACAUGCAGUCAUUCCCAGCUUUUUGUUGAUAGGGAAUGAAAUUUGAGUCCUCACAGCGAGUGGUCUUACCCAGUCAGCCACCUCCUCAGGCAUAAACUACUUCAAAUUGAUUUCAUCUCUUGUCUUUGUUUCUCUCUGAUGUGUUCUCACCAUCUUUAAGUACAUGUGCUUUCAACUUUGAAGUAUUUUCAAAAUCCUUUUAGAAUAACAAAUGUAAGGGUGUGUUUAGUUUUGUUUUUCCUAGUCAGAAGGUAGGUGUAAGUAUAUUGUAAUCAUAGGUCAGGUCACUUUUCCAAGUUGGCUUAUUUUUUACUUUUGAGAAUUUCGUACAUGUAUACAAUAAAAGAUGAUCAUAUGUAUCCGCUAUUUCUCCUUCCAACUCUCCCUAUAUUCUCCCUAAUACCCUUCUCGUAGCUUUAUGUCUUUUUAAUUAACCCACUAGGUCUCAUUAGUAUUGCUCAUACGUGCAUGGGUUUGGGGCCAUCCACUGGAGGAUGGGUGACCUACCACUAGUUACCUCCUUACAAAUGAUUCUUCUCACCCCAGCAGCUAUUCACUGCCGGUAACUUCUCAGUAAGGGGCAGGGCCUGGAGAUAACCUACCCCAUCUAUCCUGGGAUUUUGGACUGCUUAAUUUUCUAGGUUGUGUGCAUGCAGUCACGUGGUGCUGAGUCCAUGAUCCUGGUAACCAUGUCAGAAGCCCCGGCCCUUCGCAGAAGUCCCCCCAGCCCUUGCAUUGUUGCUUCUUCGCUGGCCUUCCCUGAGCCUGGGUGAGAAUUAAUACAGCUGUCUCACUUAGAGGCAAAUAUUCAGUCUGUUCCUAGUCCUUUGUCCAGUUAGGCAUCUCUCCAUUGACAGCUCUCCACGAUAAAAAGAAGCUGUUCUGACCAAAAUUGAGAGUAGCCAAAGUGUGUUGGUGCCAAGAGCUGAGUGGAUGGUGGAAACUUGGGGGCUUUUUGGAGUUGAUGAUGCUAUGUAGCCUUGGCUAGUCUGGAACUUUCUAUGUAAGCCAAGCUGUUGUCAGUUUGCACUUACUUUUGUUUUAUGUCAUGAACUAUGUGUGUGUGUGUGUGUGUGUGUGUGUGUGUGUAAUUAUGAAAUUUCACUGUGUGAACUUUGCUUUCCUGUAUAUUUUAUUUUUGUUGUAAUUUCUCUAGUCAUUCACUAAAGGAUAUACUGGUAUUACUGCCUUCUUGCCCCAAACUGUUCUCAAUAAAUUCCCCUAACUCUCUCCGUACAUGACACGUGAGUGGCUCAUCUGUAAAAGGAUUCUCCCUAGAACUUCUGACAGGACUGAUGUUUUAUUUAGGGGGGUCUUACAAGGAUUAAUUCUGCACUUCCGUAACCCCCAUCUUGGGUGCGGUGAGGGGCAAAUGUCAUUCUGCUCUUGUAAUCACAGCAGCAGUUACCCAGGAGACCGCAGUAUGGGAGUUCUGGGUGAUGGGAUUUGCGAGAUGUGCUUGUCAGUUCAUCAGUGAGUAGAAGGCACUUCCACGAUUCAGAAUGUAUGACAGUUUUUCAGCUUGCAGAUGUCCUUAUAGAAUGCCCUCUGUCAGUCAUUAAGGAGCAUUUCUCAUUGGUGGAGACUUGUGACAUGGCCUUUAGUGGCAGAAGAUGUGGCCUUGCUGAGUGAGGUGAACUAGUGUUUGGGUCUUUUUUGCAUUUCUUAGUUUCUAUAUAAACACUAAAGUUUACUAUGACGGAUGCAGAUAUUCACAUAUGUAGGUGUUCCUAGAGUUUCCUCCCAGAGGGUCACAUUAUGAGAAGCCCAUGGUAAAGUGAGAAACAUAAGAAAAGCACUUUACUUUCACCCUGGUCGUCGUCAAACCUCAGACUAGUCUACACCAGCAUUUGUGGGCCAACUUACAUUUUCCUAAAGUUGGGGAAAGUUUCGUUUUCUUUAUAUUUAAUUUUUUUAAAUGUUUUAAAAUCAGUGCAUAUGUUGGCAUAAUUAUAGAUUUUAUCCUGACAGCAUGGCCCAAAUUUCCAUGUACUUGAACUAUAAUCACUGUCUUGUUCCCUUCCUUCUCCCUAGUGGGCCUGUUCUCUCUUAACAGACUCACGUAUGAUUCCAUCUCUCUCAUUUGAUAAAUCUAGAUUCUGUUCUGUAUACAGGGAGCACCAUUUGGGGGCUGAGCAUCAUUUAUGUGGUGAUUUCCAGUUCCAUCCAUUUUCCUGCCAAGUUUCCUGUUGAGUUCUCAGUGACCUAUUAUAGUCCACAUUUUUAUGUAUGCCACAUUGGAAAUUUUUUAGUUUAUCUAUUGAUGGGCACUUAGGCUGAUUCUGUAAUUGAGUACCAGGAGUAGUAUAUGAACCUGUAUGCAAGUAUGCAUAGUAUAAUCUGACUUUGAUUCCUUUUGCUGUGUACUAAACAGUAGUAAGCAGGAUCAUAAGACUUUGAGUUUUUGAUGAAACACUUAUGUUUUUCAGAGUGAAUAAUGCUAACGUACAUUUCUAGGAACAGCCAUGCAGUCUCACCAGCUUGUUUUAGUUUGGUUCUUUGAUAACUAAUCAUACUAUAUGAACUUAAUUGUAUUGAGAAUAUUCAUGAUUUAUUGUUUGAGAACUGAUUUCUUGAUUUAUUGUUUGAGAAUAUUUUGUGAUUUAUUGUUUGAGAACUGAUUUCAUGAUGCAUUGUUUGAGAACUGAUUUUGUGAUUUAUUGUUUGAGAACUUAUUUCAUGAUUUAUUGUUUGAGAAUAUUUCAUGAUUUAUUGUUUGAGAACUGAUCAAUUCCCUGUGUAUUGGAGUGUAUGUGUGUGUGUGUGUAUUUUCUGUACACUAAUCUCUUAAAAGAUAAAUGAGUGUUCCCCCCAUUCUGUAGCUUUCUCUGACAGUUGAUUCUUUUCUUUGUGUAAAAAGCUCUUUAACUUCAUGCAAUGAUUAAAUUGUUUUUUGUUUGUUUGUUUGUCCUUAACAUUCUUCUUGCUAUGGAGGCCUGACUGGCCUGGGAUUUGCUGCAUAUACCAGGUUAGCAUCUGAUUUACAGCAGUUGUCCUGCCUCUGGUUCUUGGGUGUCUACAUUGUAAUCCUGAGGCUCUCAUGGCUAUUCCCUAUUUGUCAUUCUUCCUGUAAAUUCUUAGAUUCAGAAUACCAUUGUCUGUGCUCCCAGCUUCAUAUAUUCUUUAGAUUUUCCUCUCUGAGUUACACAUUUUUUUAGGCCUUAUGUUAAGGUCUUUUGUUCAGUUUGAGUUGGCCUUUGUACAGAAUGCUAGAGGCACUUAGGGAUAUUCUUGUACAUACAGUGUUGUUUUCCUUGUUGAAGAGGCCAUUUAUUAUACUAUACAUGGUUUGGAUGCCUUUGCUGAAAUCAGAAGAUUGCAGCUACGUGGUUGUUUGGGCACCGUACAUUGUUCUGGGUGUCUGCUUUUAUGUUAUACUGUUUCACUAUGGUUUUAUAGCAUAAUUUGAGUAUUACGAUAACUAGCUAGCAUUGCUUUUUGCUCAGUGUUACUUUUGACUAUUUGGGGUGUUUUGGUUUUCUUCCAAUUAUAGGAUUGUGUUUUCUAUUUCUGUAAAUAAUGACAUUGGAGUUUGGUGGGGGGUUGUGUGGAGUCUGCAGAACACAUUACACUUUCUCAUAUUAUAAUGGUGCUGAUUUGUGAGUAUAGAGAUGUUUUCCAUUUUUCAGAGAAGUCAAUUCUUAAGUGUUUUUAAGUUGUCAUUGUGUGCUCCUUUCGCUGGCUUGACUAAGUUUAUUUAUUCAUAGGUAAAUUUGACUUUUUGUCUUAUAACUUAUUUCCUAGGCUUUUGGAACAUUUUUUCUUGAUUAUUUUAUUACUAUUUUCAUUGUCAUAUAAACGGCUACUGAUUUUUCUAUACUGACUUUAUUGUACUACUUUGCUGAAGUAGUGACCAGAUGUAGAGUCUUUUGGUGUGGCUGCUUGGGUCUUUUAAGAAUAUGAUCACAGAGGCUAGAGAGAUGACUCAGCAGUUAGGAGCACCAGCUUCUCUUUUAGAGGCCUGAAGCCUGUUUCCCCAGCAUCCACACGGCAUCUCACAUCUGUGACUCCAGUUCCAUGGGAUCCAGCUCCCUUUUCUGGUCUCUGGGCACCAGACAUGCACAUGGUACUCAGACAUACAUGCAGGCAAAACAGUUUUUUUAAAAAAUAUUGUCUACAAAUAGAGAUUUGACUUCUUAUUUCACUUCCAUUUUCUUUCCUUAUGUUCACGACUGAACUGAGGAGAUCAUGUGUGGUCGGCAGGUGCUGGGCCACUGAACUGCAGCCCUGUACUCGAUCCCUUUCCUUUCUUUCCCCUUAUUUUUCCGACUGAGAACUCAAGAGAUGUAUAUCACAGUAUAGAGAAGGUGGACACCUUUGUGUAAUUCCUGAUAGAAUGACUUUAGUUUCCCUGCUUGGUGUAAUCUUGGCUCCAGUUUUGUCAGGUAUAACUUGUUACAGUGAGCUGUGCUUCUUUGCCUAGUUUUUUCGUUUUUUCAGGACUGUAUCAUCAAGGGACAUUGAACUUUGGACAGAGUUCACUUCUCCAUGGAGUGCAGCAAUGGGGGAUUUCAGUCCUUGAACGUCUAUGUUCUCUGUUACAUUUACUGAUUGCUAUUUGUGGAAACUCACUUAUAUGCAAAGAAUGAAAUCAACCUGAUCGUAGUUUGUGGUAUUUCUAAUAUGUUGAAUUUGUUUGAAAGUAUAAUUUUGAGGGUUUUGUUUGGUUUUGAUCUGUUUUCAUCAAGGGUUUUUUGGGUUUUUUCUUUGUUGUUGAGUCCUUCGUGAUUUUGCUAUCAGGGUAAUACUACCUUCCAAGAAUAAGUUAGUGUUUAGUCCCUUUAUAUUUAGUGAAAUAGUUUAAGAAGCUUGGUUGAAUUCAGUAGUGAAUUCAUUAAGUCCUAUACUUUUCCUUUUGGGGGCAAAAUUCAUUACUAGCUUAGUUAUGUUACUCUUUUACAUUGUUCACAUUCUCUUCAUUUAUUUUUUCUUCAUCUGUUCAUUUUAUUUUGUUAUUGACUGAGAAAUGUUAUGCAAGCAUUUUGAUCAAGCCCACCUAUUCCCAUUCCUUUCCUUCUAAUUCUUCUAUCCCCGUCACCACUUUUCCCUCUCCAUUUUCCAUUUGUUCUCUUCCAUGUUUAACCUGUAGAGUUUCCUUAAUGCUGCCAGUGUGUGCACGGGUGCAGGCCCAUCCGCUGUCGCAUGAAUAGCCUCUCCCUGAAGAAAACUGAUGCUUCCUCUCCCAGCAGUCAUCACUUGUCAAUGGAUACUCAGGGGUGGGGCUUUCUAAACACCUCCCCCUUCCGUGUCUGGAUUUUUGUCUGGCUAGAGCUUAUAUGCAAUCACAGCUGUCGUCAGUUAGUAUGUGCAAUUGUCCUGUUAGGUAGAGAGCACACCAUGUGACUAAAAUUAUCCACUGGCUCUGGCUCUUCCAGUCUUUCUGCUCCCUCUUUCAGUAAUGGUCCCAGGUCCCCUGAGAGAAGGGAUUUGAUACAGAUACAUGUUGCAUUUAAUGGUGAGCUCUCCAUAAUCUCUUUUUCUCUGUAUGAUGACCAGCUGUGAGUCUGUUAAUUGCCAUCUACUGAAAAACAAAGGACAAAAACCAAACAAACAAUAUACCCAGUCUCAUGAUAAAGGUUGAGAAAGAGAAAUUUUAUCUAUGGAUGUUAAAAUACCCAGAGGAGUUGGAUUUAGCAUCAUGUCCUUUUAACAGAAUAAUAGUAGAAAGUUCUCCAUAUUAGUGGUGCCAGGCAUGAGUUCCAUCUUGUGGAGUGUGUGGAGUUGGCCUUAAAUCCAGUCAAAAAGUGGUUAGUUAUUCCAAUAACAUUCAUGCCAUAGCCAUGGUCAUAUCUUGUCAGACUGGUUAUCAUUGUAGACCAGAGGGGUCUCAGCUGGGUAGGCUUCUUGCAGAGUCUUCUCCUUUGGUAGUAGGCACAGUCCCUUCCAGCACCAUGAAAGCAAGCAAUAGGAUGAAGCCUCUAGGUCAGAAUAAACUUGAUUUCUUGAUGUUCCAUAACUCAGUAAGUGGUGUCUUCAGUAAUAGGGUCUUAUCAUCAAGUUCUGUGUGGUAACCACGGACAAUAGCAAUAGCCUAUAAUAUUGGUGGGGUGUCUAUGGGACUCCUCCUCUUGACUUAAUUUUGAUAUUUCAUAACUGUCUUGAAAUUAUCCUUGAUUUUCCAGUUUGUGAUAGCAGCUUUCAAAGUAUCCUCAAAUCAUCCUCUGCAUUUUAUUUCCUGUGUAUUAUAAUGUCUCCCUUUCAACCCUAACUUUAUUCAUAUGAAUAAAUGAAUAAAACAUGAUAAUAAGCAGCAAAGUACUUAAUUAAAAUUUUGUAAAUAUUAUGACUGCCUGAAAAUUGUGUAGGGAGCAACUAUAGGGUUGAAUUUUUUUUUUUUUUUUUUUUUUUUUUGGUGUGGUCACCCUUCCUCGGUGUACUUUUUGGUGAUGCAACUGACUUGAGUCACCCAUAUGCCUGUAAGUAACCCCUCAUUCAUACUCCUGUAAGUAAAUCUCAAUAAAGUCAUUGUUCUCCA